CUUGUUCGGUCUUUCCCCCUUGUCCCAGAGAGAACCAGUUAGCCUGAGCCGCCUCAUCAGGAGCUCCAUAUUCAAACUCCUUUUAACAUUAAGGAGUGCCAGUUCAUUGGAUACUUCCUCGAGACUAAGCCCCACCCCGCCUCACAAGGAGCCAUGUCCACCUUGUUUCCUUCACUCUUUCCCCGUGUGACUGAGACACUGUGGUUUAACCUGGAUCGACCCUGUGUGGAGGAGACAGAGCUGCAGCAGCAAGAACAGCAGCAUCAGGCCUGGCUCCAAAGCAUCGCAGAGAAAGACAACAACCUGGUACCUAUUGGCAAGCCAGCCUCAGAGCACUAUGAUGAUGAGGAAGAGGAAGAUGAAGACGAUGAUGAGGAUAGUGAAGAGGACUCAGAGGAUGAUGAGGACAUGCAGGACAUGGAUGAGAUGAAUGACUACAAUGAGUCCCCUGAUGAUGGCGAGGUCAAUGAGCCUCCUCUCCAGGUGGACAUGGAAGGCAAUGAACAGGAUCAGGACCAGUGGAUGAUCUAGGAAGAUAAGGCAGUGCAUCCUCAAGGAGGUUCCAGUCCAGCCCAGCCUACCCUGACUUUCCUGCAGAACCAGCUCAUUGCUCCAGUGCCUGAAAGCUCAUCCUUGGGCACUUCCUUGGCUGAUGCCAGGACCUGACCUCCUUGGCUUCUUCCAGGCCAUCAGUCUGCCGUUGAAUCUUCAGGGCCUGAGUCCAGUGUGUCUUUCUGAAUGAUACCUUACCCCUUGGUUGCCAGGUCUAAUAUUUCUAAUUCUCUUUAAUAAAAACACAGGACUGA